UAGUAGUAUUAGAAGUAGUACUGAGUAGCGAGUACUACUGAGCGUCGCGCCGCCGCUGCUCGGUCGUCGUCGUCGUCGUCGCCGACGCCGUGUUGAUGUCAUUGUUGUCGCCCGGCCCGCCGCUGUGUGCGUGCGUGUGACACGGCGAGUGUUUUUUCGAAGCAACCUUGGGAAGCGGCGGCGAGGCGACGACAACGACGACCGGGUUUUUGUUUUUCCCGAUGUACAAACGGAAAACAUUAUUUUGUUGAUCGAAAUCCGGUGCGCAUGCGCCGCGGCAACAACGCGCCGCGGCCGGCAGUUGUUCACUAAACAUUGUUUUAUAACGUGAACUAAACCCAAGGCCGGUGCAGUUUGCCAUCAACCAUCGAAACGCGCGCCCGUUUCCGCCGAUUGUUGUGACCGCUGUGCUACUCUUGCAUCUUCACUUCUUCGUCGUCGAUCGGCCGGCACAACGACAUCAUCCUUAAUACAUUUUCGACACAAUAAUCGCUAUAAUUAUUGAAAAUAUCCCGCCCGACGGCACGUUAUUGUUAUUAUUAUUGUUGUUGUUGUUGUUGUUGUUGUUGUUGUUUGUCAGUCUUAACGCCGACGACCGACACCGCAUGCGCGUCACCCGCCACUCGAAACCGUCUGAAAUUCGAAACGAAAGCUCAACGGUUUUCCACUCUCGUCCGUCGCGCAUCGGCGGAAGUCGUGUGGCGCGGUGGUGGUGGUGGUCCACCACGAACCCUGUGCCGGAGCGGCCAUGGAGUGGUACCGAGAGCAGACCAUCCAGUUGAUCGACUUGUUCCGGGCCCGUCCGGCCCUGUGGGACACCAGUUCGGUGCACUACCGUAACAAGCGCAUGAAGAACGAGUCCCUGGAGCAGAUCAGCGCCAAGCUCAAGUGUCCCAAGGAGGAGAUCGCCAAGAAAAUAUGCACGUUGCGCGUGCAGUUCAGCCGAGAGAACGUCAAGGUGAAACGGGCCCGGGAAUCCGGUGGCGUCGCUUACAACCCCAAGUGGUUCGGCUACCAACUGCUGUGUUUUCUGAACGAUCAGUCCCGGUACUCGUCGCAGCCGCUCAACAACUGUUCGACGGGCGCCCCCGCUGCCUCGGGGGCGUCCGGAGCCAUGCCCGGCGGCGCAAACGCGCAAAACCAAGCAGACAUGGAAAAUCAACACUAUAAUUGGAGUCAAACAUCUGAGGACAGUUAUGCAGAAGCAAAUGACACAAAUGCAAGUGGCUAUGAGGCAGACAGUGUGUUAGCUUCAAUGAUGCACGAAUCAAUGGAUGACUACCACAACCAGGAACCUAUAGUGGAUGUGCAGGAACCACAAACAUGGUCAUCAUAUAGGAAAUAUCGUGGUAUGCAGCCAGUAACAGGUGGAGAUUAUUCAGAUGAUGAUGGUGGAGGCUACAGUAGCAGAAAGAUGAUGCGAAUAUCUAGGCUGGAUGUACCUUCUGACGAAUUCAAUACAUUCUCAGACUAUGUGGCUGAACGGAUGCGUAACCUUAAAGCCGACAAAGCUCUACAGCUAAUGGCUCGACGAGACAUUGAACAAGUGUUGUUCAAAUACGAAAUGAAAUUGUUAGAGCAAAAGAGAGACUCCCAACAACCCGACACUGAGGCGGCAACCACAUCAAAGUCUAUUUCACCAUCACCCAUCAGCGACCUGGAACAACAGUAAACCAAAUUUUAUUGUGUUAUAGUGUUAUCUGUGACAGCAUUUAUUAAGUGAUAUCAACUAGUCGUUGACCAGUAUCCAUCUAUGUACAUUGUUUUAAAUAAUAUUAAUAUUGAAUAAUUCUAUUGGGGGAACUAUUAAAGCUCAUGUUAACCCUGAAAUUAUACAUAUAAUAUUUUAGACAUUUGUAUACAGCCAAUAAUAUUUGUUAACGAUAUUAUGUAAACUUAAAGACAAUUUAUAUACAUAAUUUUUGAUUCCUAUAU